AUGGCUGACCCAGCAGGAGAGGGUGAUGGGAAGCUCACCAGUCAACAAGCUCUCUGUAUCUCAGAAAAAGACACCACCAAAGAGCCCUGCUGCUCUACUCUAAAGAUGUUCAUUGUGGCAUUGUCCUUUGCCUACUUCUCUAAAGCUUUGUCCGGCACCUAUAUGAAGAGUGCCAUCACACAGAUUGAAAGAAGGUUUGAUCUGUCCAGCUCCCUCAUUGGACUAAUUGAUGGAAGUUUUGAGAUGGGUAAUCUGCUCUUUCUGGCUCUUGUAAGUCACUUUGGAGCAAAGCUGCAUAGGCCCAGGCUAAUAGGGAUGGGCUGCUUUCUGAUGUCCAUUGGCUCAGCACUCACUGGACUGCCGCACUUCUUCAUGGGACGUUACAAGAUUGAUACAGUGAUACAAAGCUCACUAAAUCAAAGUCACAGUUUAAAUCCAUGCCAGGAUUCCAUGAUACACCGUGAUGACCCUCUGCUGUCCCAGGACAUCAACACAGGUUCAGACUGUGUCAAAGAUGUCGGAUCAAAGAUGUGGAUCUAUGUAUUUCUUGGAAAUGCCUUGAGGGGAAUUGGAGAAACUCCAGUCACACCUCUUGGAAUCUCAUAUAUUGAUGAUUUUGCAAAGGCAGAAAAUUCAGCUUUUUACAUAGCAUGUCUACAGACGAUUACACUACUGGGCCCUAUGUUUGGAUUCUUGUUGGGGUCAAUGUGUGCCAAACUGUAUGUGGAUAUAGGAUUUGUUAAUCUUGAGAGCGUGACUAUCACUUCUCAGGAUGCUCGCUGGGUGGGUGCCUGGUGGCUUGGCUUUUUCGUGUCCUCGGCCAUCAUGCUCCUGGCAGGCAUUCCUUUUUGGUUCCUGCCCAGGUCAUUACCCAAACAAGGAGAAGAGCUCGAAAGUCUGCCUAGUUCUUCUCAUAGUUCCCAAGAGGAGCCUGGACAAUCCACCACAAACUCCAUGAAACUGGCUGACAUUGCAAAAGGAUUCUUGCCCUCUUUGAAAAGGCUUCUGAGGACCCCAGCCUACUUCCUACUGCUUUGUGGAAGUGUACUAAAGUUCAACUCUUUUAUUGGUCUACUCACAUUCAAAGCAAAGUAUAUGGAGCAGCAGUUUGGCCAGUCUGCUUCUAGGGCCAAUUUCCUCAUCGGAGUGCUGAAUUUGCCAGUAGUUGCUGUGGGAAUAUUUCUGGGUGGAUUGCUGAUGAAACGGUACAAACUUGGUGUGGUGUCAGGAGCACAGCUCUCCUUAGUCACCUCCAUCAUGGCCUACCUUUUACUCCUCCUGCAGUUUGGAACCAAGUGUGAUAACGUCAAAGUGGCAGGACUCACUGUUACAUACAAUGGGACUCCUGCUGUGUCCCAUGAAGAACACACGCUGUUUUCAGAAUGUAACCAGGACUGUUCUUGCUCUGUAAAUGAGUGGGACCCAGUGUGCUCUGCUAAUGGGAUCACUUACAUGUCUCCAUGCUUUGCUGGCUGCACCAGCUCUACUGGACAGGGCAAAAACACGGUCUUCCAUAACUGCAGUUGUGUGUUGACACCCUCUCCAGCAGGGGGCAGUAUGUCUGUGUCCCUUGGACAGUGCCCUCGUGGGAGAGAGUGCAGUCGCAGUUUCACUUUCUACAUGGCUGUGUCUGUUCUCAGUUCUUUCAUCAAUUCUCUUGGUACUACCCCUGGGUACAUGGUCAUAAUACGGUGUAUUAAGCCUGAACUGAAGUCCCUGGCACUGGGAAUUCAGACCCUUGUGAUGAGAACAUUGGGUGGCAUUCCAGCUCCUGUGUAUUUUGGAGCUCUGAUAGAUUCAACCUGUCUGAAAUGGGGAAUUAAGAAGUGCGGUGGUCAAGGUGCCUGUCGAAUGUACGAUGCUGACAUGUACAGGGUAAUAUUCCUGGGCCUGAUCACAUGUCUGAGUGGAUCCUCUUACUUCUUCAUCGUGGCCGUUAUUGUGCUGUUGAGGAGGCAGUUUGGGAAGGAAGAGAUCAAAGCGGCACAGCAAGCCAGAAUGCUGGGAGAGAUUGAGCUUGAAGACCCCUCAAAACCAGCUCACAGCAUGAAGAAAAACAUCUCUGAUCUGAGACUCACAGCUGGAGUAUUGCCAGAUGCUCAGAGGCAGAAAGCAUCUGAGACAGCUGACUCUCAGAAAGAGGAAGAAAAUGAACGUCAGCACACACAACAAGAUGGUGAGAGACUGACUCCUGUCACUCCUCUGAGAAAGGAAGGAGUUGGUGUUGCUGAGCAGGCAAAUGGUCAGACAGAAAGUCAUCCACACAAGGAGGAUAUCCACCAAGAGAACCGCCCAUCAGAUCAGGAGAUCAUGAACACGACUACAGAUGAGACUCAGGGGUAG